AUGCUCCCAGCACUUCUGCCUCCUCCCUGCAGCUCGCUUAGGCAUGACGUCAAAGAGGCACAGUUGAUAGAUAAGUCGAAUGUCUGGCCUCGCGGUCCCAAGAUUCUCGCGUUCGUGAGGGCCGGGAAUAUCAUUGCAAUGAACAGUGCCACUCUUCCAGAAGGUGGCAUCUCGUUCCUGACGAGUGUCCUACAGUCAUAUGGCCUGAAAGUGAGCAACAUAGACCUCAGCCAAUACGAUCCUGACUGUCCGUUUCCGUACAACAACUUCUUGUACGAUAUCAUCGUCGGACCACUGCAUGCCACUGACGGUCUCUUAACCGAGAAGCCGCCUUCAAUCCAGCAGCAUGGUUGUAGUGCACUGCCUCCAAACAUCAACCGCCGUAUAGCCAAUUCAGAAGCUCAAGGACUGAAUCAUCCUAUCGUAGUUCAAAACGGUAUCGCAGCUAUGGCGCUCGCGCGACAAGCGCUAAAUGAUACAGCGUAUCGGUCCAUCGUCCCGGAGGUGUACGCCUGGUCUCCCGGCUCCGAGGGUCGGAAUGCUCAACCAGGCUGGUCUUUGAUGGAUCAUAAAUCCGGCGUCCAAGUGGCCGAAACACCUGACGAGCUCUCUGCGCCGGAACGGGAGGGAGUGAUACGGCAGAUAGCGGAGGUCUUUGCCCUGAUACAGGGAUUUGAGGUGCCGUCGACGAUUGCCGAAGUUGGCGGGCUGGGGUUCGAUGACCAGGGAAAUAUCGUUUCUGGACCUAUGGCUACGUGCGCUGCAGGACCUGCGCGGAAUUGUGGUACAUUAAUUCUGGAGAGGAUCCGUAUGGCCAUGGAGGAAGCAGAGACUCAUUCUGCCAUUCGAGGUUGGCCGGAGGUGGGCUUGCGCUGCUGGAUUUUGACUUCGCAUACAUCGGAGGCCCCGCUAGACGAUUUCGCGACCUCGUUCAUGGAAUUCGAGGGAAAUCUUCCAGGACCGGCGGCGGCUUCGAAGGAUAAGUCAUCUGCUGUUCGAUGGUCUGCUAUUCUGAGUGCCAAGUGGAAGGAUUUGCCGCUGGAGUCUAAGCCCAAGGUUGAUGCGGUUGGUGAUACCUCAGCGCUGCACAAGAUGUUUCGACAAGCAGGCGUGGUUAUACCACAGGAUAUUCGGGCCGCGGCUAUAGUGUCCUCAUUGCUAGGACUGCCUGAGAUGAUCAUGCCGGCUUUGCUGUGCAACCCGGUUAUGGCGGCUGGGAGGAAGGAAGAGCAGCGUUUGCGGGAUCGGGAAGAAGCUGAAGGAGAUCUGCGAUCUGUUGUGGAAGAAUUAAGGAAAGAGUUGUCGUUGUAUGAACGGAUGUCGAGUGAUGCAAGCUCUGCAUGA